AUGAGCGACUCAGCAGACGGCCCUCCCCUUUUCCGACCAAUUCCCCGGCGGCCGUUCGUCUUUGACCUCAGAAGCUCUACGCCCCAGAGCAUAACGCCCCCCAAGGACGACGACGACAGCGAUGGCGAGGAGCAGCGGGUCGUAGACGAAAUCCUCCUCGACCGCUUCCGCCGCGACCUGAUCAAGGCCGGCUUCGUCGGCUCGCGACCGUCCAACGACUCUCCUCCCGACUCCCCCUCGCUCCUCACCCAGUCGCACUCCAUCGCGGACCUCAAUUCGUCGACGCUGGCGGGGAUUUACGAUUGCUCGGAUCAGGAAGACGUUUUCAAUGGCGCGGACGACGAGGAGGAACUGCGCAACCCAUGGGGAACGGGCGCCGAGUCUCCGGUAAAGCGCCGAGACAGCCUCAGCCGCGGUACAUACGAGCUCAUGCGCGACCGGUCGAGACGGCAAUCAUAUGCCAGCGCCGAUUCGAAUCGAUCAAAGCAGCAGCCCUCGAGUCCCGCGUCCAGGGCGGCGUGGCUGGCUUCCCGCGCUCUGGUCCUGUUUGUGCUGGGAGCCGGAUACGGGGUGCUCGUCACGCAUCUGCACCAGGAGCAAGGCCUUCUUCAGCUGCCCGAUGCCGGCACCAGCAUGCCACAAUACAACGGCUCAUAUACUGCCAUGUGGGGGUUUGCAUUGGCCGGCGUUGCCAUGGGCGCGCUGCAGCCGUGGGUGGAUGACGAGUGGGACAGACUGUUUGGCAGCAGUCAAGACCAAGAGCCGGAGAUAGACUCUGCCGAGUCCCUGUCAGAUGAUACCGAGAAGCUGGAGACGGACUGGACGCUUGUGAUGAGGGCAGUCGGCGUGUUUGCCGGCGUCGCCUUUGCAGUGCGUCGCCUGGCGUGGACAUCGAGCACCCAGGUUUUGAUCGCCAUGGCGCUGGUCAAUGUCUUUCUCUGGUGGCUCAUUGACCGAACCAUGGCCGCGCUGGUCGUGUCCACCGUCGUCGGCGCCGUGGGGACCCUGUUUCUGCUGAGUGUCAGUCCAGACGUGAUCCGGGCUCCGUCAACAACGUUUAUCGCGCAGACUCACAACGUCUCUUCCGUCGAGCCGCCCGCCGAGCCGGCGCCACUUCUGGGCGGAAUCGCCAACCCGGAGACUGUUGAGGCGGGCAUCUGGAUCCUCAGCGUGCUGUUCUGCACCUGCCUCUGUUUUGGCAACAUUGGCCGAAGGUUGGCGAGGGGCAAACCAAGGGGUCGCUGGGACAGGCAAGAUGCGAUCAGCCGAUAG